AGAGAAAGUGUGAGUGGGCGGCCUCCACAUGGCGGCGGGCGUGGACGCCGCCUUCGAGGAGCUGCCUCCCGACGGCACGUGUGACGAGUGCGAACCCGACGAGGCGCCCGAGGCCGAGCGCGUGUGCCGGGAAUGCGGCUUCUGCUACUGCCGCCGCCACGCCGAGUUGCACGGCCACAGGUUUCCCGCGCACCGCCUGGCCCACUUCCUCCAAGGAGCCCUCCAGGCCUGGACCACUGGGGAAGCCCAGGGCCAGGCCAAGAAGGACUUGCAGAGCGAGUCUGAGGAGGACGACGACGAUGAGGAGAGCGACUUCGAGACGGAUGAGGACAGUGACAGGGUGGACAGCAGCGAGGAGGACAGUGAGGAAGACCUGGAGGACGACCAGGAGAGCGAGGCGGAGGGAGAGCCUCAAGACGAGGAUGGGCCAAUGGAGCCCAAGAUCCAGUUCGACCCCGACAUUGAGCUGGAAGCAGAAAGAGUAGCGCAGAGGAAGUGCCCACAGCACGGGCUGGACCUGAGCACCUACUGCCAGGAGGACCAGCAGCUCAUCUGCGUCCUCUGCCCCAUCCUUGGGGAGCACCAGGGCCACCAGCUCACCACCCUAGACGAGGCCUUUGAAGAGCUGCAAAGCAAAGACUCGGGUAGACUAAAGGCAGCUAUGAUAGAAUUGGUGGAAAGAUUAAAGUUCAAGAGCUCAGACCCUAAAGUAUCUCAAGACCAGAUGAAGGUAUUUAUACAACAGGAAUUUAAGAAAGUUCAGAAAGUAAUUGCUGAUGAGGAGCAGAGAGCACUUCAUCUAGUAGACAUCCAGGAAGCAAUGGCCACAGCUCAUGUAACUGAGAUACUGGCAGACAUCCAAUCUCACAUGGAUAGGCUGAUGACCCAGAUGGCCCAAGCCAAGAAACAACUUGAUACCUCUAAUGAAUCAGCUGAGCUAAAGGCAGAGGGCGAUGAGGAAGAACCCAGUGGUGCCUGUGAAGAAGAGGACACAUGAAGACGUGUCAGUUCCAGUGGAAAUGCUUCAGCUUCCCAUUCCCUUUUGUGUAUAUGUGACAGUGUGUAUGCAACAGCUUGUGAUUUGUGUGAAAGCUGCCCAGCAGCACCAUACUUCUGGAGAGGACACCAGCUCCACGGCAGGCACAGAUCUCUCCGAGGGCAGACCAUGUUUUGCUUCUGGACUGUAUCCUUCUCAUCCUCUAGUUAUGGUAGGCCAAGGGCUUUGUGACCCUUGGAUCAGCCAGGAGCAAAUAAAAAAAUCCUUCAGGGAAUCCCUCAGGGGUUGCUUUGAACUCUCACAGGAAAGUCAGCCUCUGUCACAAGGUCCAUACAAUGUCACUUCAUGAGGAAGGACCUGGACUCCAUUUGAAGAGCAGUCAGUUUUCCCCUGCUGGGUAUGGACAAGCCCCACUUUGUAUUGAAGCAUAAGAUAAAGGGGAGGCAGAGGAA